CGGUCGCCCACGUGGUGGCAAGAGGGGGCGUGGAAAAGAUGCUUCAACUCCAAAUAUUUGCGAGGAGGAAGAACUUUUUCCCGGAGUUUGUCCACUAAACUAAAACCUUCGGGUUUUAUUUUGUCUUCUCGUGACCGGAAGAAGUUAUCGAUUUAAAAACAACAAAUAUAAAAGGUGAUCAAGAGAGAACCACCUGGACCGGAUCGAUCAAUCAGAUACAGAUUGAACUCCUCAUCGUGAAAACACCACGUGGGGUGUUGGCGUCGCCGUUCUGGGGUGUUUUUUGUAGAGUGGGGGGGGGGGGGAUUAAGUGCACGUGAUGUCAGCUGCAGCUGCGCGUGUCUUCCGUUGUGUCGAUUAAAACUCUUUAUUAUUUUAUCCACGCUUUUUUUUUUGUGUGUGCACGUGCUUGGUCAGCAGCGUCAGGUACACACGCACGCACACACACGCACGAGCGCGUGCUCCGGACACAGAGCGGGGGUCUGGAUGGAGUUUGAGGCGUCCGGCAUCGGGGAGGAGUGCGGGGUGUUCGGGUGCGUGGCUGCGGGAGAGUGGCCCACGCAGCUGGAGGUCGCGCAGGUCUUGACGCUGGGUCUCGUGGCGUUGCAGCACAGGGGUCAGGAGAGUGCCGGCAUCGUCACCAGUAACGGAGCCACCCCGCCCACGUACGCGGCCCACAAGGGAAUGGGAUUGGUGAGCACGGCGUUCGCGCCCGAGGCUCUUCUGAAGCUGCGCUACGGAAACCUCGGCAUCUGUCACACGCGCUACUCCACCACCGGCAUCUCGGAGCUGCAGAACUGCCAGCCCUUCGUGGUGGACACGCUGCACGGCCAGAUCGCCGUGGCACACAACGGCGAGCUGGUCAACGCCGCCGCCCUGCGCAAGAGGGUCAUGCGCCACGGCGUGGGCCUCUCCACCAGCUCCGACAGCGAGCUCAUCACCCAGCUGCUGGCGCUGACUCCACCGAUGGAGGAGCGGGACGCACCGGACUGGGUGGCCAGAAUAAAAAACCUGAUGAGCGAGACGCCGACGUCGUACUCGCUGCUGGUGAUGUUCAAAGACGUCAUCUACGCCGUGCGGGACCCGUACGGGAACCGGCCCCUCUGCAUCGGACGCGUGGUCCCCGUCUCCAAGAUGCACAGUUCAGGAGCCGGAGAGGAGGACACUGAGGGGUGGGUUGUGUCAUCGGAGUCCUGCAGCUUCCAGUCCAUCGGUGCCAAGUACUACAGAGAGGUCUUGCCGGGAGAGAUAGUCCAGAUAUCGCAGCACGGCGUCAAGUCUCUGAGCGUCGUGCCGCGGCCCGAAGGAGACCUGCCGGCCUUCUGCAUCUUCGAAUACGUCUACUUCGCCCGACCGGACUCUAUUUUUGAAGGCCAGAUGGUCUACACGGUGAGGCAGCGCUGUGGCCGGCAGUUGGCCAUCGAGGCUCCGACGGACGCCGACGUGGUCAGCACCGUGCCGGAGUCGGCGACGCCCGCCGCACUGGGCUACGCCCAGCAGUCCGGGCUGCCGUACAUCGAGGUUCUGUGUAAGAACCGCUACGUCGGGAGAACCUUCAUUCAGCCAAACACCCGCCUGAGGCAGCUGGGAGUGGCCAAGAAGUUCGGGGCCUUGACGGACAACUUCGCCGGGAAACGCGUGGUGCUGGUCGACGACUCCAUCGUCAGGGGCAACACCAUCUCCCCCAUCAUAAAGCUGCUGAAGGAAGCCGGCGCGACCGAGGUGCACAUCAGGGUCGCCUCCCCGCCGAUCCGAUUCCCGUGCUACAUGGGCAUCAACAUUCCCACCAAGGAGGAGCUCAUCGCCAACAAGCCGGAGUUUCAGGACAUCGCCGGAUACAUCGGUGCAGCCAGCGUGAAGUAUCUGACCGUGGAGGGCCUGGUGUCCGCCGUCCAGGAGGGCAUCGCCUCCCUCCGGCAGAAGGACGAGGUCAUCGGCUCCGGCAGCAAGAGGGUGGGCCACUGCACCGCCUGCCUGACUGGGAAGUACCCGGUGGAGCUGGAGUGGUAACGGCGAGGACCCGCCCAUCGUCACGGCGAUGAAGGGUUCCACGCAGACCGGGAAAGAAGCGGUCGGGGCGUUUGAAUCCGGCCACUAAAGAGACGUGUUCAUUACUGCAGAGAGCGUACGCUCGCUCCACGGGGGGUCUUUUCACUUCAAAGGGGCAGUGGAGAUGUUUAGGAGUGAAGGUUGUGAGUUUCAUUUCUUUGUUUAAAAUAAAUAAAUAUAUUUAAUUAAUUAAUAUCUCUUUACCUUGGUGUCGGACACACCUUUCUGACGGGAACUGAUGAAUGCACCUGUUUUAAAUCGGUGUUUUAUGAAUGGAGUCUGGAGUGUCUGCAGAAAGCAUCACUGUGAAGAGAAGAAGAUAUUAUAAAUAUAAAUAUAGCGUUGGCGUAAACUGAGAGAUUCUUUUAGGAGGAAGCUCACAAUCACACUUCAGAAUAUCGGUACUGUCCCUUUAAGUUAAUUUUCACAACAUCCAGUGUUAGUCCGUUUACUCUGUCCUGAUGUCACAGCUGUGAUCACAGGUGCACACGUCUCACCACACCUGAUGCUUUUUGGUUCAGUUUAUUUUUAGGGUUACUUGCAUGUAUUGUUUUCACAUUUCAAGCUUUUAGAUGUUUGUUUACUGUGUCAGAAAAGCGCACAAGGCUCGUGACCAAAAAGUUGAGUUGUCUAUAUUUUCCUUUUUAUCACGUUUUUCCUUUUUUUUUCUACCUUUUUGACCUAAAAAUGAACCAUUAGGCUCUUUUUUUUUUUUUUGUAUCUUUAAAACAUGCAUGAUUAUAUACCGGAAAUGUUGAAUAAUAAACAGAAUAACUGCACAC